GCUGCAGUUCACGCUCACGCACUGCUAACACGACGCUCACGUGCCGCUGACGCGUGCGGUGUGAACCAGCCAGGUGUAAAACUUGGAGAUUGGAGAUGGCUGGAUUGAAUUUAGAAUUGGUUGUAAUUUCAGAAACUCUGAGGAAUCCAAAAAAGACCAGGGUAAACAUAGCAUCCAGGGUUCUUGCUGUAUCGGGGGGCAUGUGACCAGAACGCAGGAAGGUCAGGGAUUUAGCUAAAAGAUCAAUGCUUAGAGGUUGCCUAGAAACGGGAUGAGUGGGGAUGGUUUUUUGAAUGCCUUUGAUAAGGAGUGUGAUCUGACGGUUUGUUAUGGCAGGACAUGGAUGGUCGCAAACAGCUGGGGGGCGCCAGUGAGAGCCCCCGCCCCACCAAGAGAUUUUUUAAAUGUAUUGUAUUACUAUUAUUAUUUCGUACUUUUGCUGUUUCGAGGCAUUAUGAUUAGGCUACUUGCAAUUACCUGAGUGACAAGUCUCCCUGGUGAUAGUGGCCGCUGCUGUUAGGAAGAGAAUAGAGAAAUGAGAUGUAGAAGGUGGCAGGGAACGUCGUCAUCUGUGUUUACCUGGAUUAAGUGUAAAUUAUGCUGUAAUAGUGCAGUGGAAGGCACAGACAGACAGGCAUUGUGAUUUGGGUGUGUAGAUUAUGAGAAUCUGUCUGUUUAUGCUGGAGAGUUUUAUAUUAAUGGUACAAACAAUCAUGACAGGUGCACUCAACACAUUUUUGGAGAACCACAAGGCAAAUGCUACUGUAGGAAGAGAAGCUAAAAAUUAUAGAACGCAAAUGAGUGGUGUAUUGCUAUUGAACACAUUUUUGCUGUAGUCUUUUUUUCCUCUGCACAUUUCAGUUGUUGGCCAUUAUAUUUUUGUUACACAGCACUCAUGACACAAUAAAGAAAUAUUGUGUUAAUGUAGACACAAAGUGCAUCUUAAAUAUUGUGUUGUGUUACACGUGCUAUUACUCACUGACAGUAACAAAGCUGAAAAAACAUGGAAAGAAAUGAGUAAAAAUAAAAUGCAAAUGCUGAGGUGGAUUUUUUCUGUGAAACCUCUAUGGAAAUACAAUAUACAUACGAACUCUCUAGCACAUUCAAAUUAACACACUUCCAAAGAAUUACAGCAACAAAAAUCUGAGAAAUGACGUGGACAAAUGAGGAAGAGAAAAAUGAAAAAGGUUUUUGUGUUUUUUUAAGAGUGAAAUAAACAAAUGAUGUGAUGUACUGAAUGAGAGCAUAUAUAAUAAUCACUUUGUUUAAAGACGGACAGAAACAUCAGACUCAGGACAGAAACACACGACCUCUAGAAUUUCUUCUUCAGAAAUGGAGCAAACUCUAUAUUUGAUUCUUCUUCUCAUUGCUCUCUGCUCCGUAUCUGAAUGUGUUCAGCGUCAGUAUCACUUUAUAAACGUGACGAAGACCAUGACUGAAGCUUGGAGAUACUGCAGAGAGAAUUACAAAGAUCUGGCCACCGUUGACAACAUGAACGACAUGAACGAGCUGAAGAAGAGUUUGAAUGAUGAACGUGUCUGGAUUGGGCUGCAGAAGACGGGUGUUGAUAAAUGGCAGUGGUCUUCAGGUGAUCCUGCGCUCUAUCUGAACUGGGCUCCUACACAACCUGAUGGCAGAGAUGAGUGUGCUAUGAUAAGAAAUGGACAAUGGGGAGAUUUUCCAUGCAGUAAUACCCGGUAUUUCAUCUGCAACAACACGAACACAGGAUUCGUCUUUGUCAAUCAGACGAAGAACUGGAGAGACGCUCAGAGCUACUGCAGACAGAAUCACACUGAUCUGGUCAGUGUGAGGAACCAGAAUGAGAAUCAACAGCUUCAGAAGUUCAUCAAUGAUAAUCACAUAUCUGGUGAUGUCUGGAUCGGUCUGUUCAGAGACUCAUGGCAGUGGUCAGAUCAGAGUAACUCCUCUUUCAGAUACUGGAGGGCUGGUGAACCUAAUAAUAAUGGAGGUGGUGAAAAUUGUGUCAUAAUCAAGCAGUCAUCUCUGGGACAAUGGCAUGACAUGUAUUGCUCGAACCAAUUUCCUUUUGUGUGUUAUGAAGAUAAACUGAUCCUGGUCAAAGAGAAUCUGACGUGGCCUGAAGCUCUGAGAUACUGCAGACAGAAUCAUGUGAAUCUGGUCUCGGUUCAUUCAGAAGAGAUUCAGCGUCGUGUGAUGAAUGUGGUUAAACAGGCGUCUACUGAGGCGGUGUGGUUGGGUUUACACAAUUACUGCAGUAUGAACAUGUGGCUCUGGUUGAGCGGAGAGAUCGUGUGCUAUCAGAACUGGGCUCCAGGGAACGGAGUAGAACCGGAAGACUGUCGCCUCGAGAAGAGAAAAGGAGCAGUUCAGUCUGGAGGAGAUCAGCGCUGGAUCAGCCUUCCUGAAACUCGCAAACUCAACUUCAUCUGCAGAAAUGAUGAGUGAAUGUUUGUGUGUUUACUUACAUUCACUGUUUUCAUUCUUCAUUUUUUCUCUUAUUUACUUGUAUUUGUUUUAGUAAGUUCUGAGUGAAUCUGCUAACUGCUAAAUUUUAAUCAUCAUGGCAUAAUGUGAUCUUUUUAAAAUGUUUUAACAUUAAUGUUUAAUAUUCUUUAGAUGCUAAGUGUGUUUUGUAAAUCUCUCUGUAUAUCUGGUGUGGUUACGUCUCUAUGUUUUCACUAAUCUUAUCUAUAUCAAUAACUGGUUGAAUGUGAAUCUGUGAGCAGCAGCUCUUCAGAAUAAUAUUGUUUGUGUCUCAGAAUGAAAUCUGGUUUAUUCUUAAAAAAGCUGAAGUGAAGUUUGGAUAUAAAAUAUCUUGUGUUUGAUCAAAGCCAUCAGAUAAACGUGAAACAGAACAUCAGCUGAAAUAAACUCAUCUACAGCCAGU